AGGACGGACCGGGGGAGAUCCUCACCCUCCGCCCACCCCUCCCUUCCAGUGCGAUCGGAGCCCGUCGGCCGGUGGACGCGGGACCAGCAGCUCCACUCCGACAUGUCCAGGCUCAUCAAAGCCAUCACUGACAUGAUGGACGGCAGUGCCAGGAGGGGGAAGAAAUCCGAGUCCUUCAGCAGGAGUGAGUUCAAGAAGCUGAUCCAGCAGGAGUUCGCUCCUGUCAAGAGGUCCUCCACCAGCAAAUACCACUACAUCGGCAGCCCGCUGGAUUCGGACACUGAACCCAUGAACAAGAAGGAGAGGGGCUCCUCCAAAACCUGUGUGUACUGAGGGCUGCUUCAGGGGCACGGAGAAGAGGAGGACCCCUGAUUCCCCCUCGUGGGUGAAGCACAGCAGCAGUGGGCACAGCGUGAUGGCGCAGCGGGGGGGAACGUGAG